UUUCGUUCAGCUUGAUUCCGUCAGGGCUGGUCAGAGAUCCUGAGGACGUGUCACGUCACCUGUCAUUUGAAAUAAAUAGGUGGAGUUGGAUGUCACCACCAGUCAGUGACAGGCUGAAUUUGGUUUGCUAGAGUUGUCCAUCCUGGCAAAUCAAAUGGAGAAGCUCCAGGACCUGAGCCAAUCAGAGCUGCAGGAGCUCCUGGACAACCCCGAGAGGGUGGAGUCUAUGGCUUUGGAGUCUGACGAGAUCCAGAAUAUCCAGCUGGAGAGAGAGAUGGCAUUGGCAUCAAAUCGCAGCCUGGCUGAGCAAAACCUGGACAUUAAGCCUCGUAUGCAGUCAGAGAAGGAUGUGCUGGUGGAGAGAUAUUCUCAGCUAGAGGCCAUCAGAGAAACCUACAGACAACACUGCUCCCUGAGAGAUGGGAUGGUGGGUCAGGUGUCUCCAGAGGCUUUGUUCUCCAGACUACAGACAGAGGGCAGCAAAACUGAGGCAGAGUCAGAGGCUCUAGCUGAUGAAUUUCUGGAGGGCUCUCUGCCUUUGGACUCUUUCCUUGAUCACUUCCUCUCCCUUCGCUCCCUCGCUCACAAAAGAAGGGUGCGGAUAGAAAAACUCCAGGAGAUCCUACGAAAAAGGAGCGAGAGGACUCACAACGCCAUGACAGCAUCAGCAGGCAUCAGCCAAGACCCCUCUGCCACACCUUCACCAUGGAAUCAACAGACAACGACAGCAACAACGACAAAUCAGCAGCAGCAAAACUCCAAACCUCAGUCAUCCAGCUACCAAAACGCCUCUCCGGCCUCCUCGUCUGCAGGGGGCUCCUCUGGCCUCCCCUAUAGCCCAUACCCUGUUUCCCCACCCAAUGCUCCACCAGCAGUGGCAACAGGCUCCGGACCAGCCAACCCGCUGUCACAGUUCCCUCCGUACCCAGGUUCCGGCUCAUCUUUCACCCCAGCAGGGAGCUACUCCGGCCCCAGGCCCGCUUUUGGUCCUCUGGCUUCAGCUGCCUGCCCUUACCCAACCCAGUCCUCCUUCCCUGCCCCACACCCUGGAUCAGCAUUUGGCCAGUACACCCCGAGCAACCCUCAGAGCGGCCCUACGCCCUACCCAGCCUCCUACAGCUAUGGCGGCUACAGCUACCCAGCCGGGCCCACGUAUUCCAAUUCUCAGUCACCUACAGGGAGACCCAUCUACAGACCAGGAUAUGGAGUUCCACAGCCGUUCUCAUGAAAGCACUGCUGCUCUUCUGUCUUGAUUCUUCCUCUCAAUUCUUCCCUCCUUUGCUAUCUCACCCCUUUCUCCUCCUUCUCACCCUUAAUUCCAGUCUCCUCCACCCUAAGUCCGUCUUCUCCUCUUGUCUUUGACCUUUUCUACCCUCCCGCUUCCUUUCUCCCAUGCUGAGAGAGGUCUCUGGCUUUACUUAUCCUUGUUGCACUAUUUCUCUCUUUCUCUAAAUAUCAGUCUGUUGAUAAGUCUUUCUCUCUUCAUCCUACGACCUACCAACUUCCCCACACUAGUCUCAGGUUGCUGCGUUGUGUUUAAGUGUUUAAACACUUGUAUCUGACCCGUCAUACACUCACUAUCCUCCCUCUUGCCGUGUGUGUGUGUGUGUGUGUGUGUGUGUGUGUGUGUGUGUGUGUGUGUGUGUGUGUGUGUGUGUGUGUGUGUGUGUGUGUGUGUGUGUGUGUGUGUGUGUGUGUGUGUGUGUGUGUGUGUGUGUGUGUGUGUGUGUGUGUGUGUGUGUGUGUGUGUGUGUGGCUAUUUGGCAAUCAGAAAGUCCUUAUUAACACACCAGUGCACUCCCUUUUUGUAACACCCCAUUAGUGUCCAGUAGCUGUCUGCUUCACAUUAUUUUUCAUGAGCACAGUCUGCAUUGAGAAAACGACUCGUAAUGAAAGAUUUAAGUCCAUGGCUAGUUUUAUGACCCUUGGGCUAAUAAAAUGCAUAAUAAAUUGGCAGAGGGAUGGCUGUCACAAAAAUAUGGCUCUUAUAUUAAGUUAUUUUAAAAUGAACCUUAGCUGCUUGCUGUAUCAGCUAUGUCAUACACUUUCCUAUUAUAAACAUCAAUGUGGCAGGUGAAGGUCUUCAUGCUUAAUUCCCUGUGGACAGUAGGCAGAGGAACCACCAGUAACUUCAGUCUCCACUUAUUUUCUUCAACCAAAGAACCUUUUGAUGAUGACAGUGCUUUGUUUUUUUCUCUUUUUAAUUUAACAUUAAUGUUGAAAAAGCAAGUUAGAUGCAGCAGUUUGUCAGCCGCUGUGCUUCCCUGUCCAUCACUGUGAGGAUCCUGUCACAGCAAGAAGCGGCACAGCAAAGAGUGUUCAAGCUUGCUGACGUAGUGACUCCCAGGGCUUGUAGGUAAACUACUGCAGCUGUAUAGCUAACUACUAACACGCUAGCCAAGUGGGAAGAAAAGUAUUUUAUGUUUUUUCUGUACUGUUUUACUCCCCCUGGUAUUUGUUAUCAGAAUAUAUUCAGUUCAAGAGUUACUGAAGAGGAGAACAAGCUCUCCAGGCUAUCUGAGCCCUUCAGUUACUUUCUGAAGUCAAUUUUUUGUGCAGGGGAAGGAACAAAUGUUAGCAGGUACUGUACAUGUCUCUCAGUAAGCCACAUAUCAGCCUGGUACCAGGGCUACAAAAAAAGAUGUAAGAUACCAAGCAGCCCCUGCAAAACCUUUGGAAAUGACCCAAAGUUUAUUUGUAACCAGACUUUGUUUCCCACAAGUCACAUAAUAAGCCACUGUUCUCCUAAAAAGUAAAUGGAAGUAAAGGUUGUUUUUUCUUUCUUUGGCCACUUGGAAACAAUGGAAAGCUUGUUCCGCUUUAACAUCCUUGAUAUAUUAUCACCAUCAUUUCUAGCGACAUAUUUCACAGUGCACAUAGUCAUCUGAUCCAAUGUUCUACAAAUAGAUGGGUCUUCAACAAAUCUUUCCUGUGUAUAGUGAAUCUAUAUUGUAAUGCUUUCCCCAGGCGCAUUGCGCAUGUAGGCAGCUGUCAUUUUCAGUUGUUAGCAGUCCUUUUUAGGAUAUCUUACAUUUGUAGUUCCAUGUAUGUAGUUUAUUCCCAAAUCACAAAUAACUAGCAAGACAAGGCAAAAAUGGAGUUCUACCAGAUGUUUGACAAUUGUUCCAGAACAUGCUGCACUGGAAGGCAGAUAUUUGCUACAACAUACAUUAGCUAGCUAGCUAGCUUAAGGCUAAUGUUAGAGACAGAUUGGCCACCUGUCCAACAAGUAUAAAUAAAUACCAAUUCCUCCUCA